CCUUCCCGCACAUCGCGGUUGUCAACUUACCAUCUCCCUCUGGUUCCUUUUUCUCCAACGACCUUCUCCUUCCUCUUCCGUACCCACCUUUCCCCUUCCAAUUCAUUCUUCCACAUUCUGUAAAUAUACACCCACGCACUCACAGAAAGAAGAGAAGAGAGAAAACAGAGAAGCAGCUCGCUUUUCUUCACUCUCUUCUGCAUUGUAAGUUCACUCGCAUCUCCUUCAUUUGUUCAAAGCUCCCAUCUCCAUCAAACUCUCUGCAAUUCCCAACUUUACGUCCGAUUGCCUCUCAAUUUUACUGUUAUUCCGAUCUAGAGGUUUGAUGGAUGUAGAAGCAUUGUAAGUUUGUAACUGGUUCUACCCAUCAGGAGCUGUCCCGGUGCUUUUCGUGACAAUGGUUCUUGGGAUAAGAUCAAAGAGCAGGAAGAGCGCGGCCGUUGAGGUUGAUUACCUCAUCCAUGUGCAGGAACUCAAGCCAUGGCCCUCGUCUCAGGCUUUGAGAUCUGUUCAGUCUAUUAUGCUUCAGUGGGAAAACGGUGAUCAGGUUUCUGGAUCGUGUAUUUGCAAUGUUGGUGAUGGGAAGAUCGAAUUUGGCGAGUCUUUCACGCUUCCAGUCACUUUAUACAAGGAGAAAUCAAGAAAAAACGCAGUUCGCGACACUUACCAGAAGAACAACUUGGAGUUUUACUUGUAUGAACCUCGAAAGGACAAGGGAGUGAAAGGUCAACUCUUGGGGUCGGCUGAGAUCAAUCUUGCAGACUAUGGGAUCAUUGUGGAAACCCGAAAUGUGAGCACUCCGCUGAACUGGAAGAAGAGUUUUAAGAGUUCAGCGGAAACGGUUCUUUCUGUUAGUAUUCAGCCGUGUGGUAAACCGAGCUCCAGCUUGACACCAAAGAGCAGCUUGUCCAGAGAAGAGUCUCUGGAAAAUGAGGGAACUGAAUCUGUUCCAGGGUCUGUGAAUGAUGGCACUGACGAGAUUGCCUCUUUUACCGAUGAUGAGUUUGAUGAUGAUGUUUCCUCGCAUCCAUCACACACUGUAAACUCCUCGGCUGUUGAGACAACAGUCAGUUCAUCACCUAGCGGUGAAAAGAAUGUACUAGAAUCAACAGCCAAUGGCACUAGGAGGACUUAUGGGGAGCCUGCUGUACAGUCAAUAGCAGCACCUGCAAGCACAGGGGUGACUUCAGUGGCUAAAGCAUUAGAGCACCAAAAUGGAAGUUCAUCUCCACUGUCGUCAAUAGGCUCUUCCUCCAUUCUGCUGAAUUCUGCAAAUGAUCGUGCUUCUUUGCCUAACAGUUCAAAGGAGAGUGUUUCAAUGCCAAUCCUGAAAAAAUCAAUCACCCACUCUGUUCUUUCAGUGUCUUCACCCUUUGGCUAUCAAGACAGCCAUCAGGAAUCUGGUUACCAUAAUUUUAAGGACAACAGAAUUCACAUAACUCGUUCUAACAGAAGUGCCAGAAUGCAUGAAAAUGCUCAAGAUCUGAUCAAGGACAAUAUUGUCCGUAACCAUGCUGCUGAAGGUUCAUCCUCAAGCACAUCUAUUCAGGAGGACACAAACUCCACAUUUGCAAGCAAUGCAGAUUCACAAGCCUUUCGAGAGGAUGGUCAUCUCUUAAAGGCAAAUCAGUAUACUUUUGAUGACAAAUUAGCUUCUCGAUUUUCACAAGAUGCUACCAGAAAACAAGUCAGGUUAAAGAGUGAAACUUUUACACCCGGCAGGAGAGUUGUUGGAGUGCAGGGAAGUAAGGUUAAAAGUAAUGAACUAAAACAUGUAAAGUCUGUGCAGUUACCUUUAGUAUCAGCUCAGAACAAUAGACAGUCAAGCAAUAAUGAGCUUCUCGAAAAGUCAAAGGAAGCUGAAACUCCUAAAGAUGCUUAUGUUUAUGGUAGAAUUAGCGCGACAAGUGAAAGAGAACAAAAAACAGUCAGCUUUUCCGAUGGCAAAGUUGACUUGGAGUCUACAAUUGAAUUGCUUAAGGAAGAACUGAGAGAAGCUGCUGCUGUUGAGAUUGGCCUUUACUCUGUUGUCGCUGAGCAUGGGAGCCACACAAAUAAGAUUCAUGCUCCUGCUCGUCGACUUUCUAGAUUCUAUUUUCAUGCUUGCAAAACAAGCUCUGGAGCUAAGAAGGCAAAUGCAGCAAGAGCUGCUAUCACUGGACUAAUCUUGGUUUCUAAAGCAUGCGGAAAUGAUGUUGCAAGGUUGAUAUUCUGGUUGUCGAAUUCAAUUGUGUUGAGAGCUAUUGUCUGCCAGUCCUUGCCCUGCAGUAAAGGUGGCGCUGAGGGGGCUUUAAAAGCAAAGAAUGGGUUUCUUCCUCACAAGGAAGAGAACAAUUGCACUCUUGAAAGUUUUGAUGAUUGGGAGGAUCCGCAGAUAUUUAUGGCUGCUUUGGAAAGGUUUGAAGGUUGGAUCUUCUCCCGAAUUGUUGAGUCUGUAUGGUGGCAGAAUAUGACUCCAUAUAUGCAGUCAGCGGCUGCGAAGGGCUCAAGCUCAAGGAAAGCCAAUGGAAGGAAGCAUGGUUUGGGUGGUCAUGAGCAAGGUAACUUUUCUAUGGAGCUGUGGAAGAAGGCCUUCAAAGAUGCCUGUGAAAGGCUCUGUCCUGCAAGAGCUGGUGGACAUGAGUGUGGCUGCUUGCCUCUGCUGGCUCGUUUGGUAAUGGAGCAAUUAGUGGAUAGAUUGGAUGUGGCUAUGUUCAAUGCUAUUCUUCGUGAAAAUGCUGAAGAGAUGCCCACAGAUCCUGUGUCCGACCCCAUAAGUGAUUCUAAGGUUCUCCCUAUUCCAGCUGGAAAGUCGAGCUUUGGGGCUGGUGCACAGCUAAAAAAUGCGAUUGGAAGCUGGUCUAGAUGGCUUACUGAUCUAUUUGGCAUUGAUGAUACUGAUGCCCCUGAUGAUAAUACUGAACUCAGUGAUCACAAGGGACAAGAGUGCCCAACAUCCUUUAAAGCUUUCCGUCUUCUUAAUGCUUUGAGUGACCUCAUGAUGCUUCCAUUUGAUAUGCUGGCAGAUAAAUCCACCCGGAAAGAGGUAUGCCCUACAUUUGGUGCAUCAUUGAUCAAGAGGGUUAUAUACAAUUUUGUUCCAGAUGAGUUUUGCCCAGACCCAAUUCCCACGGCAGUUUUUGAGGCUCUUGAUUAUGAGGAGAAUUCAGAUGCUAAAACUGACUCUGCUGCAAGUUUCCCAUGCAACGCAAAUCCUACAAUCUAUUCACCACCUCCAGCUGCUUCACUAUUAAGCAUUAUAGGAGUAGGUAGGAAGUCUAACUCUCUCGAGGAGUGGGUCAUCAGUGCUUAAGAAAUCGUAUACAAGUGAUGAUGAGCUCGAUGAGUUGGAUUCACCGAUGACAUCAAUCAUCAUAGACAAUUCCCCGUCUUCUCCCAGUCCAUUGGCAGCCAACUCAACACCGAAGUGGAAGGGUGGUCGGAAUGCUGUCAGGUAUCAACUCCUCCGUGAAGUUUGGAAGAUAGCGACUGAUCUUCCCUUUCAUGUAUGUAUCUGAUGUACCCGGGGCAGUUGUUCAAUUUGGGGGCUCCCUUUACUUCUCGCUUGUACAUAGAUGAGUAUUUAUACAACGUUACAACGAUAUGAAUAUUGAGGCAGUUUGUUCCACAGCAGUGGUUAUCCAGGUUAGCGGCUGUAAUCUAAGCUUUCAUGGAAGCCUGUUAUUUUUUUGAAUAAUGAUAUCAUGUAGAAUAAGUUUAUACAUAUACCCAACCUUAAUCUC